AUGGGGGAGAUGGAGCAGCUGAGGCAGGAAGCGGAGCAGCUCAAGAAGCAGAUUGCUGAUGCCAGGAAAGCCUGUGCGGACAUCACCCUGGCUGAGCUUGUGUCUAGCCUAGAGGUGGUGGGACGAGUCCAGAUGCGGACACGGAGGACGUUAAGGGGACACCUGGCCAAGAUCUAUGCCAUGCACUGGGCCACUGACUCUAAGCUGCUGGUAAGUGCCUCGCAGGAUGGGAAGCUGAUCGUGUGGGACACUUACACCACUAACAAGGUACAUGCUAUUCCACUGCGCUCCUCCUGGGUCAUGACCUGUGCCUAUGCACCAUCAGGGAACUUUGUGGCAUGUGGGGGGCUGGACAACAUGUGUUCCAUCUACAGCCUCAAAUCCCGUGAGGGCAAUGUUAAGGUCAGCCGGGAACUCUCGGCUCACACAGGUUAUCUCUCCUGUUGCCGCUUCCUGGAUGACAACAACAUUGUGACCAGCUCUGGGGACACCACGUGUGCCUUGUGGGACAUUGAGACGGGGCAGCAGAAGACGGUGUUUGUGGGACACACUGGAGACUGUAUGAGCCUGGCUGUAUCUCCAGACUACAAACUUUUCAUUUCGGGAGCUUGUGAUGCCAGCGCAAAGCUCUGGGAUGUGAGGGAAGGGACCUGCCGCCAGACUUUCACGGGCCAUGAAUCAGACAUCAAUGCGAUCUGUUUCUUUCCCAAUGGAGAGGCCAUCUGCACUGGCUCAGAUGAUGCCUCCUGCCGUCUGUUUGACCUGAGGGCAGACCAGGAACUGACUGCCUAUUCCCAUGAGAGCAUUAUCUGUGGCAUCACAUCAGUAGCCUUCUCGCUCAGUGGUCGCCUGCUCUUCGCAGGCUAUGAUGACUUCAACUGCAAUGUCUGGGACUCUAUGAAGUGUGAGCGUGUAGGCAUACUCUCUGGCCAUGACAACAGAGUCAGCUGCCUGGGGGUCACAGCUGAUGGCAUGGCUGUGGCCACUGGUUCCUGGGACAGCUUCCUCAAAAUCUGGAACUAAGGAGGCUAGAGGAAGAGAGGCGGGAAGCCAUGAAGAUUCUCAGCUGCUUCCUCCUAUCCCCAUCUCUUUAGGGUCAGUCUUCUAUAGCCCAGGGGCCAUUCCCAGUCAACUUCCUUUUGAGAGCAGUAGGGAUUAUGGGAGUGUGCCUUUGGAAGCAUCAGGGACACAAGGGCAAAGAACUGCCCCACUUCCUCCUGUGGCCUCCCCUUUCCAUAGUACUCACAGCUUCCCUUAAUAAACAAGAACAGACCCUCUCUCAGCCCCUAGAGUCCUCCUGAGCUACCAGCAGCCUUUGCCCAGACCUGGAACGGCCAGGGUGCUCAGCUCAUGAUUAUGGGAUGUCACUACUAGUCUCCUGGCCCCUUCAUACUUUCUCCUUUUCUACCCUUUC